AUGAAUCUCAAGGAUAAAGAAACUCCACGUCCAAAAAAUCCAUAUACGAAUGCCAAUGUCGUUUCACGCUUGAUAUUUUGGUGGACCCGUCAGCUGUUCAAGCGUGGACUUCAAGGACCCUUCACAGAAGAGGAGCUCUACCAGCAUCGAAAGACUCUGGACAGCGAGCGUCUAACCACGCAACUCAGCGCCUUGUGGGAGGCUGAACAGCAGCGUUCUAAUCCGAGCCUACUGCGCAUACUUUACCAAGCGUUUGGUUGCAUGUUCUUAGUCCCCAGCUUUGUUCACUCGAUUCUACAAGCAUGCUGCAGAUGUGCCACGCCGCUGCUACUGGGCGGCCUGGUGAGCUAUUUUAGCAAAAAAGCCGAGACCACAAUAAGUAAACCAGCUGCAUUUGCUUAUGCAGCUGGACUGGUUGCUUGUCUGCUGUUGGCUACGCUCAUUUUUCACAUAUAUGUCUUCUAUGUGAAUCAAGUGGGCGGCAAGGCGCGUCUCGGGUUGUCGGGCUUGAUCUAUCGCAAGUGUCUGCAGUUGUCCAAGAGCAGCACCAACGAUGGACUUCAAGCACGUGCCAUUAACAUAUUAUCCAACGAUUUGGGACGCUUUGAGCACGUGUCAAGCUUUGUACCUUAUCUCUGGACUGGACCGAUAGAAGCGCUCUUGGCGGUGUGGCUAAUGUACCAGCAAAUUGGCAUCGCUGCCAUCAUUGGGGUCUGUCUUAUGCUCAGCUUUAUACCGCUCCAGGCUUGGGCGGCCAAGUGCUCAGCUCUGUAUCGCCGCAAGACAGCCGAGCAUACCGAUAAGCGCGUCAAGCUAAUAAACGAAAUUAUAAUGGGCAUACAGGUGAUCAAGAUGUACGCCUGGGAGCAAUCCUUUGCGCGUAUGGCAGUCCAUCUGCGACGAAAAGAAAUGCUGGCCUUGCGUGGCUCGAGUUACAUCUACGCUGCUCUGACCAUAUCAGUCAUGAUCUCGCCGUUAUGCGUGUUUCUUGCGCUCUGUUCCUAUGUGUAUCUGGGCGAUGCUCUGACUGCUCAGAAGGUGUACAUCGUGUCCUCCUAUUUCACAUUAUUAACUGAAUCGAUGCUAGUCUUUUGGCCCAUGGCCAUAACGUUUUCCUCCGAGACCUUAGUGUCAGUGCAACGCUGCAAAGAGUUUCUGAUGGCGGAACAGGGCAACCCAACGGUGGAGAAUAAACUUAAUCCAGUAGAGCAGCAGCAGCAUCCACUGCUCAAUAAUACCAAAUUGACCAUUAGAUAUCGCGAAUAUAACCCCGCAGCCAGUAAGAAGUGCAUAAUGCUAAAACAAGUAUCCGCCGCUUGGCUUGAAGGCGUUGAUCUGCCAUGUAGCCCAGUCAUACGCAGCUGCAGUGCGCUCAUGGAAGAGCACACGUUGACGGCAGUGAUUGGCACCGUCGGCGCUGGCAAGUCCAGUUUACUGCAGCUGCUGCUGGGCGAAUUGGCCAUAACAGAGGGCGAAGCUGUGGUGCAUGGCAAGAUCUCGUAUGCUGCGCAAGAACCUUGGAUAUUCGAGGGCAGUAUUCGCGAUAAUAUUGUAUUUGUGGAGGAUUACAACGAGCAGCGCUAUCAAAUGGUCAUCAAAGUCUGCGCCUUAGCCAAGGAUCUGCAGCUGCUGCCAGCGGCUGAUCGCACGAUCGUGGGCGAACGUGGUGUUAGUCUCAGCGGUGGCCAAAAGGCGCGCGUGAAUCUGGCACGUGCUGUUUACCGCCAAGCUGAUAUUUAUCUUCUCGACGAUCCGUUGUCAGCGGUGGACACGCAGGUGGGCAAGCACAUCUUUGAGAAAUGCAUUCGCGAAUUCUUGGGCAAUAAAAUAUGCAUACUGGUCACUCAUCAGUUGCAGUAUCUCACCGCUGCGGAGCACUUGCUGCUUAUGUCAGGCGGACAGAUUGUGGCUGAAGGCAGCUAUCAGCAGUUAAAUAGCUCCAAACAGUUUGAGUUUCUAAACCAGGCACAGCAGCAGCAUGCCACGUCAGGCUCACCAGCAGCGUCACGCAGUAGCUCAGUGGAGAGUCUGGAGCAGCAAUCUGUGGAGCCAGAGGAGGCUGUAUUGGAGGCUAAGCAGGAACAGCAGUUAACGGGUGCGGUUAAGCGUAACGUAUACGCAACGUACUUUAAAUCGCUACAAAGCACAUUUCUAUUGGGGCUACUCCUCGCCUUGUUCAUCUGCGCUAGAAUUAUGCUUACAGGAGUGGACUACUUUCUGUCACGUUGGGUUAUCUGGGAAGAGCAAAUUGCGUUCGUUAGCAAUAUUAAUGAAGCCUACACCACAUCCUCGAACACAACUGCUACUUUGGAGGCGGACUUUGGACAUCGCCAGAAGCUGAUGCUCUACUAUGUGGUCAUACUUGCCGCCACGUCUAUCAUCUACGCCAUGCGCAGUUUUGGCUUCGUUGCCAUGUGCCUGCGCAUCUCUCUCCAUUUGCACGAUCGCUUUCUUAAGGGCAUCAUGAGCACCAGCAUGUUCUUCUUUAAUACAAAUUCUUCGGGACGCAUCUUAAAUCGAUGCGCCAAGGAUAUACGUUCCCUGGACAGUGAGCUGCCCAAAAUUCUGUACGACAGCGUGGACUUUAUUGUCAAUCUUUCUGGUGUGCUGAUCAUAGUCAUCAUAGUCAAUCCUUGGCUCGUGUUCCCGGCCGGACUACUCAUUGGUGCUUUGAUUGGUAUGCGCGCCUUGUAUGUGUCCACCAGUCGCAGUAUGAAACGACUGGAGGCGAUAUCACGUAGUCCUGUCUACUCGCUUACAAAUCAAACGUUCCAAGGACUUGUAACUGUGCGAGCUAUGCAAGCUCAGAACGCUUUGGAGCACAAAUUCCAUGGCUAUCAGAAUGCCAAUACUUCAGCCUGGUUUCUGUUGAUUUCCAGCGGACGCGCCUUUGCUCUUUGGACGAGUAUUCUGUGCGUUAGUUAUAUGGCAGCAGUUAUCUUUAGUUUUUUAUUGCUGCCCAAUGAUUUUAGCAGCGGCGAUGUGGGUAUGGCCAUAUUACAUGCCAUUACAUUGACAGGCAUGUGCCAAUGGGGUAUACGUCAAACAGCCGAACUGGAGAAUCAAAUGAUCAGUGUAGAACGCGUAGUCGAGUACACGGACCUACCAGCUGAGUUCACUUUAGAUAGCUCAAAGCAGUUGAAACUGCAGUCCGCAUGGCCAGAUCAAGGCAGAAUUAAUUUCAUCAAUUUUAACUUGCGCUAUGCACCACAAUACCCACUGGUGCUACGCAAUCUGAACUUUAGCAUUCAGCCGCGUGAGAAGUUUGGCAUUGUGGGUCGCACUGGUGCUGGCAAAUCCUCCAUCAUCCAAGCUAUUUUCCGCCUGGCGUGCAACGAAGGCUUGAUACUCAUUGAUGGCGUCGAUAUUGCAAAUAUUGCUUUGCAUGAUCUACGUAGUCGUAUAUCCAUUAUUCCCCAGGAUCCGGUGCUUUUCUCGGGCACACUGCGAUACAAUCUGGAUCCCAUGGCUGAAUGCAGCGAUGAGGAAAUGUGGAAUGCUUUGGAUGAUGUAGAGCUACGUGCAUUUGUUACCACGCUCACUGAUGGCCUUGAUUGUCGUAUGUAUGAUGGUGGUGGAAAUUUUAGCGUAGGUCAGCGACAGCUUGUUUGUCUAGCACGCGCCAUUCUGCGCAACAAUCGUAUUUUAAUACUGGACGAGGCUACGGCAAAUGUGGAUCCUGAAACGGAUAUGCUCAUACAGAAGACAAUUCGCAGGAAGUUUGACAAUUGCACUGUGCUUACCAUUGCGCAUCGACUGCAUACCGUUAUGGACUCCAACCGCGUACUGCUAAUGGAGGCUGGAGAGGCUCUGGAACUGGGCCAUCCUUAUGAGCUGCUGCAAAAAUCGGAUAGCCAUCUGCGUCACUUGGUGGACAAUUCAGAUGCUGCAACGGCUCAAGCUCUACACCAAGCUGCUGAGGAUAGCUACAAUAAAAUCGACCAUUCGUGA